AUGGGCAAGUCCACUGAAGAAGACAGCCCUGCUGGUGAUGCUGAGAAUAAUGACGACGAUUCAGACAAAGACAGUAGCAGAAGGCAUAGUCGUGACGAUUCUCCUGAAAAACGUAGACCUCGUCACAAUUCAAAAGAGCAUAAAAAUGAAGAUCGAAAAAAUAGUAACGACAAGAGUCGUCAUAAAGACCACAACUCCAGUCGCAAUUCAAGUCGCGACAGCAGUCGUGAUACUAGCCGACAUCAAAGUCGCAAUUCCAGCCUAGAUUCAAAUUCUGAUAUUAAAGGUGAAAGCAAAAGUGAAGAAGUUAAGGUAUUGAAGCCAUCCGAAUUAAAAGACAGUGCGAAACAAUCGACACAAUCAUUUUUAGCAAUGCUUGAGGAAAAGGUGAAUUGGACUGCAUCAGAUCAACCAUCAGAAAGUUUACCAGUUCAGACUACCUUAAACUGGACUGAAGAAGUUAAACCUGAGGAACCAAAACCAUUACAGAUGCGCGGUUUUGUGAAUACAUUCAAUACUUUCCGUUUGGUUGGUCAGAAUAGUUUGCCCAAAUCCAGCGAAAAAGUCUCAUCGAAUUUGAACAGCAAAACUGUGCCUUUGGCAAAAAGUAUCAGGCCAAAGUUAUUGCAGCCUCCACUCGCUUUAUACUCUGAUGAGGAAGUUAAUGACGAACAAACAUCUGACAAUGAAAGCAGUUCUACGAAAGAGAUGAAAAAGGUAAAGAAUGGCGUCGAAGUUGUGGAGAAAAAGGAAAGUGUGGAUAAAGAAAGAGGACCGCGAAUCGGCAGCAUCCAUNGAAAGGACAUAAACGACGACUAUGACUACUACUACGAUUACUACAACUUUAACGGACUGGGCUACCCUCAACUGGAACAGGAGGACCGCGAAUCGGCAGCAUCCAUCAAUGCCUACUACCAAGUUAUGAGCAGUAACGACUACAGCCAGGAGCAGUUGACCAGUUGGGCUAGUUCACGUGGUUACAAACUACUGGAAACGAAUAAAUGCGGCCUUUUUAAGAAGCCAACUGACGAGUCAUCAAAAGGGAGAAUAAAACAGGAAGUAAAAGAAGAGCUAAUGGAGGAGUUUAGUUCAGAGUAUCAGGUGUCUCCCACUACCCAAAAGAUCAAAACGGAGAAAGAAGAGCAGAAAGCUGAUGGUAUGAACAGCUAUAUGGAGGAAGAAUCUGAACUGAGUCCAAUCAAUGUGAUCACCACAAACUCGACUUCUUCGAGCCUGUCAACUGAUUUCUUUACCUGCUUUGAGGUGAAAAGCUCGAGGGUAAACGGUCUACGGGGGCGAGAGUCACCACCGCCUGCACCUCCUCCGCCACGACCGAGGAUGACUUUUCUGGAGGCGACGGAGCCGGUGAAGUUGCCAAAUGGCGUGACGCUGCCUCCCGGUACCAAGCAAAUAAUCGUGCACCCGUACCACCGACCAAUCUACUGA